AUCGCGCUCUCCAGAUCGAUUCCCCCAACAUAUUAGGGCUCACGCCUCCCAAAGUCAAAACAGCCCAGCCCGAACAAGCAUUUCCUCGAACACUUCGCCCUCCACCACCAUGGCCGCCGCCGCCUCCACCCUCGCCUCCCUCUCCGCCACCGCGGCCGCGGCCGCCGGCAAGCGCCUCCUCCUCUCCUCCCCCUCCCGCUCCCUCUCCCUCUCCCUCGCCUCCCGCGGCCGCAUCGCCGUCAUGCCCCACCUCCGCGCUGGCAUCCUCUCCGCCGCACCGAGGAGGGCGGUGUCGGCCUCGGCCCCGGCCGCGGCCACCAUCGCGGUCGGGGACAAGCUCCCCGACGCGACGCUCUCCUACUUCGACUCGCCCGACGGGGAGCUGAAGACGGUGACCGUGCGCGACCUCACCGCCGGGAAGAAGGUGGUCCUCUUCGCGGUCCCCGGCGCGUUCACCCCGACCUGCACGCAGAAGCACGUCCCGGGGUUCGUCGCCAAGGCCGGGGAGCUCCGCGCCAAGGGGGUCGACGCCGUGGCCUGCGUCUCCGUCAACGACGCGUUCGUGAUGCGGGCGUGGAAGGAGAGCCUCGGCGUCGGCGACGAGGUGCUCCUCCUCUCCGACGGCAACGGCGAGCUCGCCCGCGCCAUGGGCGUCGAGCUCGACCUCUCCGACAAGCCCGCCGGCCUCGGCGUGCGGUCCCGCCGCUACGCGCUCCUGGCGGAGGACGGCGUCGUCAAGGUGCUCAACCUCGAGGAGGGCGGCGCCUUCACCACCAGCAGCGCCGAGGAGAUGCUCAAGGCGCUCUGAAGCGUGAACAACUCAAGCCAUCCUCCACUUUUCAUCUCAAAUCUCCAUAGCUCGGUUCGUUGCCUACUUCUCUCAAGUGUUCGCUUCUUUUCCUGAAUAAUAAAUCAUGGCAACAAUGGUGGACCGUGCAGAGUAGUGUUGUCGUUUUGAUGUGUGAAGCUUCUAUAGCGAACAUAGUGUGCAAUUUUUAGGUAACAUAUAUGAGUCUUGGCCUUGCACUGUUUGUCAGGUAGUAACAACUUGGCACAGCUAUAGACUGUAGUAACAGAGUUCCUUUCAUGUUGAAUGGUGAGGCUGUGAUGUGUUCUAGAGCUGAAUAAACGUGCUCUGGUAAAUACUGUCACCAGAUCAGACUAUGGAGUAGUAGUAAGAUUUUGCUUGGUUAAUUGGGCAAUGGCUAUUUUUCAGGAUCGUUCAGUUGAGAUAAACAUGUUUUGCUGUUCAGAUGAGUUCGAAAUGCCGUUGUUUGUUCUUUUUU